AUGGGGGUUCCGCAAGCAAUGGCGGCCGUGGAAGCGAGAGCAUCGUCCAUAAGAGACGCGCUGCACAAGAGCCAGACCAUCACCGACAGCAUGGUCGCCAUUCUCGGCUCCUUCGACCACCGUCUCUCCGCUCUGGAGACCGCUAUGCGUCCUACUCAGAUACGAACGCAUUCGAUUCGGAGGGCCCAUGAGAACAUUGAUAAGACAUUGAAGGCUGCAGAGGUGAUAUUGGGGCAAUUCGACCUCACACGCAAGGCAGAGGCUAAAAUACUGAGAGGGCCACAUGAGGACCUGGAGAGCUAUUUGGAAGCAAUUGAUCAGUUGAGGAGCAUCAUUCAGUUCUUCAGUAAAAACAAGACUGUUAAGAGCAGUGAUGGGGUGCUUAACCAUGCUAAUGCCUUGCUUUCAAAAGCCAUCUCAAAGCUUGAAGAUGAGUUUAGACAGCUGCUUACAAAUUACAGUAAGCCUGUGGAGCCUGAUCGUCUAUUUGAUUGUCUUCCUGACUCUCUACGGCCGUCAUCAGAUCCAGCUGGACAGAAAAGUGAUGGAAAGAGUUCAGAGCACCAAAACAAAAGCUUACAACCUGUCAUUUACACACCACUAACGCUUAUUCCUCCAAGGGUUCUGCCAUUACUGCAUGAUUUAGCCCAACAAAUGAUUCUAGCUGGCCAUCAACAACAGCUAUUUAGGAUCUACAGGGAUACUCGUGCAGCUGUUAUGGAGCAGAGCCUGAGGAAACUAGGUGUGGAAAGACUUAGUAAGGAUGAUGUUCAGAAAAUGCAGUGGGAGGUUUUAGAGGCUAAGAUUGGGAAUUGGAUACAUUAUAUGCGGAUAGCUGUGAAGCUGCUGUUUGCUGGGGAAAAGAAAAUCUGUGAUCAAAUAUUUGAAGGUGCCGAUUCACUUAAGAAUCCAUGUUUUGCUGAAGUUACUGCAAACAGUAUGGCUGUGCUUCUCAGUUUUGGGGAGGCCAUUGCCAGAAGCAAGAGGUCACCUGAAAAAUUAUUCGUGCUUUUAGACAUGUAUGAGAUAAUGAGAGAACUGCAGUCAGAGAUUGAAUUACUUUUCGGAAGUAAAGCUUGUAUGGAAAUGCGGGAAUCUGCAGUAAGUUUGACAAAACGUCUAGCUCAGACAGCCCAGGAAACCUUUGGUGACUUUGAAGAAGCUGUUGAAAAAGAUGCCACAAAAACUACCGUUCUUGAUGGAACUGUCCAUCCGUUGACAAGCUAUGUGAUAAACUAUGUAAAGUUUCUCUUCGAUUAUCAGUCUACACUUAAGCAACUUUUUCAAGAGUUUGAUGACGGUGAUUCAGAGUCUCAGCUAACAGCCGUAACUACAAGGAUUAUGCAGGCUCUUCAGAACAAUCUGGAUGGAAAAUCGAAGCAGUAUAAAGAUCCUGCACUCACUCAGUUAUUUCUCAUGAACAACAUUCACUAUAUAGUGAGAUCUGUGCGGAGGUCAGAAGCGAAGGACUUGUUGGGGGAUGACUGGGUGCAGAUACACCGAAGGAUCGUGCAGCAGCAUGCAAAUCAGUACAAGAGGGUUUCUUGGGCAAAGAUUCUGCAGUGUCUUACCGUCCAAGGAGGAAAUUCAUCAGGUAGUGACAGUAGUUCACUUUCAAGAGCAAUGGUGAAAGAUCGGUUCAAGACCUUCAACGUCCAAUUUGAGGAGCUUCAUCAAAGGCAAUCUCAGUGGACGGUUCCCGAUAGCGAGUUGCGAGAGUCUUUGAGGCUGGCUGUUGCUGAAGUCCUCUUGCCUGCUUACAGAUCAUUCGUCAAGCGUUUCGGGCAUGCCUAUGAUCGAGAAUGGGAAGAACCCACAGAAGUAUAUAAGGUUUCGUCCUGA